AUGCUCAGCUUAACUCCAAGCAAUAACGAUCUCCCUAAAGGUGAAGAUGAUAAUACUGAACAAGUAGAACAGAUGGAAAAUAAAACAUCGGAAGUACAAGAGGGAGGAGAGGUCGUUAAUGCCAUGAUGAAUAUGGUCGAUGAUGAUUUGGAUUCAACAACACCAGCAAGUUAUUUAGACUCCUCAACGUUACCAUCAUCAUCGGAAACCAUCACUCAAAUGAUUCAUGUAGUGAAAUAUAAUUUUGCUGAAGGAGGAAUACGUGCACGAAUGGUAUUGAAAAGUGAGAGAGGUGAAUUUGGAUUUACCAAUGAAACUCGACAAAUUCCAAUCUACACCAAGGGAGUGAGAUGGUCUCCGGAUGGUCUGUGUUUAUUGACGAACAGUAAUGAUAACAGAAUUCGAUUGUUUGAGUUACCACAACAGUUCAUUUCAAACAUUAACAUGAAUUUAAAAAGUGAGAAUAUGGAUGCCACAAAGAGCGAGUCUUCAUCGUCAACAUCAAAUGUUCAAGAAGGUACCUCUUCAACAACAAUUGAAUUGGAUGAAUCUUGGAAACCAUGCUUGACUGUGAGAGAAGGAGGGUGCAUCAAUGAUUUUUGUUGGCAUCCAUGUAUGAAUUCUUCGUUGGGAACUAAUUGCAAUUUUUUAACAGCGAGUACCAAGCAACCUGUUCACAUGUGGGAUGCUUUCAACGGCUCUCUUCUUAAUAGCUUUCUUGUGAAGGACCACAUGGGAGAUGUUGACAAUAUUAUUUCUGUUUCAUAUAAUGGAAUUUUGUCAAAAGGCAGCAAAAUUUAUUGUGGACUCAACCAGAGAAUUUGUGUAUUCGAUGCACAAGCUGGCAGUUCUACGAGCUACACUGAGAUUCAUGCUGUUGAAAAGAAUAUCAUUCGAGGAAAGACAAAGAAACUAAAUGAGUCCAUGUAUGCAACAGGAUGUUACAACAAUACCAUUGGUAUUUAUGAUCAACACGACAAUGUCGUUCAACACAUUAUUCAAUGCGAAUAUGGAUCUGGUGUGAAUCAUCUUCAAUUUUCAUCAAACGGAAAUUAUUUAUUUCAAUCUUCGCGAAAAGAUCAAAGAAUUGUUUGUUGGGACUUGAGAAAUUUAUUUGAGCCAGUCAAGUAUUUUGAAUUUUCAAGAAAUGCAGACACCAAUCAGAAAAUUAAUUUUGAUCUCGAUGCCUUGACUCAAUUGGCAAUAGCCGGAACAAGUGAUGGUAAAAUUAAGAUAUUCGAUUUAGAGGCACAAGGAAAGGAAAUUGCUCAAUUCGAAAGUGACGCUCUUCCAAUAACCAUGAUGAACGGUACUAAUUUCCAUCCUUAUUUACCAUAUAUUGCAUGCUGUACGGGAGAGCGAACAUACCCAACAAAGUAUUCUCUCUAUGAAAGUAGUGAUGACGAAGAUGAAACCAGUGAGAGUCAAAAAACUGCAUCACUCAGCUCUCAAAUCUCUGUUGAUUUUGAAAACUAUGUAGCCUUGUGGGAAGUGUCUCCAUAUUCAUAUGUGAGCUGUGCCUCGACAGUAAUAGAAUGA